UCUGGGGAUACCAUUCUUUGUUGGAUUUCGGGAUGUUUGGGUCUGGGCAGUUUGUGCUGGAACCAUUGAUCGUCAACUACUCCGUACUCUCCACUCCGUAACUAGUUUACCCGCAACUCAGCUAAGUUAGUUAACUUACGCUCUGCAACAAGUUGCCGGCCAGAUAUGAACCUUUCACCGUCCUCGUUCCUUACCUCCUUACCUCCUGCCCUCGGUUGAACAGACAGUUGCGACAAAAACCUCGGAAAAUAUCCAAGAUGAGAGUUAUUGAGCAGAGGGUCAUUUAGAUCCCGACAUUUGCCUGCGUCUGAUGAAUUCCAAACGUUGCCUGCUGCCCUUGCGCUCCGAAAUUUCUGCCGCUAACUCCCUCUUUCAUUCAAAAGGACAGAGGUUUCGGACUUUGAAUCGCGCUGCUUCACGGCUUGCCAAUGAUCUUAUCCUGAAGCCUCCGUCGUGGGGCAAAGAACCCAAUCUCAAUUAGCACCGAGUGAAAUCGGCAAUUAUUCCGCCUCCGUUUUUGACUGGAAGCUCGAGAUGAAGGGCGUACCCACUACAGCCUCCAGACCCCCCCGCCCUGUGUAUUUCAUGCAAAUGAUACAUUGCAGUACUUCGCCCAGGGCAUCAUCUUUUGUACCGGCUACGUGAGGUGGAACAACAGGGCAUAAUUCCACGUUGGACCAAGCUGUGAUACAAGGAUAGCGACCGAAAGGAGUCUUUGUCAACAACCUCUCCUUGUAACAUCAGCAAUAAUCAGUAUCUUGCGGGGCGAGAUUAACUACCAAUUUCCCCUGCAUUACUAGGCAAAACUGAGCCAGCUCCUUGGCUUUGUUGAUGAAGAAAUGAACUAGUUAACUACUGCUCGCCUGAACCUAAAUUUAGUGAAGGGACAUACUUGUCAAACCCAGGCCGGGCUGCGUCAUUCCACAUCCUGAAUGCGUUAUCGCCCGUAAUCUCUUUUGGCUACUACCUCGACCUUUCGGCCCAAAGGUUCCGGGCUAGCUGGAUAAUAUUACGAUCGCUUAUCACACAGGAAUAAUUAACAGGAACAGCAGUUAAAUUAAGCGUGGUGGGCGGGCAGAAGGCUUAAAACUGAAACUGAGCGGCGGGAGUGGGUACGACGAGUUUAGUUUGCUAUUUGUCGAUCACGUCUUUGUUUGAUGCCUCGCUCCAGCUCUGUCUAGCUUGGAUUCUUGACGCGACGUGCCCGCUGUAAUUUCUUUCAUUCAGGAGCUGGCGGAGACUAAUUAGCUGUUACAGUCUCGAGGAAUUAAGAUGAUCAGGGAGCAUGGAAUAGAGCCACUCGCGGGCUUGGCUUCACUACCCGGUCGACAAGGAUAGGAUCAUCGGUGCUUGUCUAUUGCUCAGGCAAGACUGAAGAAGCGCGUUGUCGAUAACGAGAACAAUGUGAGGGAUGGUCCCGAACAGUGAAACAGAACCCGGCGGCACAUGUGAGGUUUCUCACCUCUUCAAUCCCGGUCGACAAUCGUCGUGGCAGUCGCGCAGUACGAAAUGAAGCAGGUUUGCUUUCGCAUUGCUCUGCGAUGAGCUUUCUCUCCAUUCUGUUGUCCACCAACUUGUGACUUACAGGAUCGCCUCCCUCUAUAUUUUUGCAAAGGUGUAUACAGUACGAUCCUCUCCGGGCGCCGUUCAGGUACCCCAAGUUUUCGCAGUAUGUUCCCUUGCGCAAUUGGUCGGUGACAGGGAGGAGCCGCAUCAUUCACCAACGCCGCUUUCUCCGCAAUUCCUGUUAAACUUUCUUUUUGUUCCUGAAUAAUCCGACCGUUACUCAAGGGUUUGUUUCUGUCGCAUCGUACACACAUACAUUGAUACUCCAUGAUUUACCUUCCUUUUGCUCUCGGCUUUUGGGAAGUUCGCAUCGUGUGAGGUCGCAGAAGGGAUAUCUGAUCUGUGGAGUUUCUCUUUUAUAUCUCCACUCCUAAUCUUUGAUCCGAGGGAAAGUGGUAGUUAUCUCUGAUAUACCUUAGAUCCCACCCGAGGUUCGCGUCUAGGGAAGCGUAAGAUUACCGCCUAGAACUCGAUCCAUCAUUCCCCAGUCCAAUUUUAGAAGAGGGCUAGUUAACGGCACCUAUUCUGGACAACAUAUCUUAUUCAAGCGGCCGCCGCCAGCCCUUGAAAGCCGCCCCAUCAUUUUAAUUUAUGAUGCGGGUUGCAAAUAGUCCUUGCUAUUAUAACCCCCUAAUGCCAACCCUCUUUUAGCACAACCAUCAAUCUGGUCCCUCAUCCCAGUUCCGCCUGAUCUACGAUGUCUAUUUCCACUGACCUCUAUAAUAACACUACUAUGCGCUAUUGUUCUUUCUUUCUUUCGCUCAAGAAGUUCGAGAAGUUCUCAUUUCGCGAAUCCCCGACCUCAGCCCUAAAAUCAAUUAACGAGCAUUAGUUCUGAUAUAACUCCCUAGGAAUAACUCUCUUGCCCUUCCGGCGUGUUUAACUCCCCCUUCGUCUCUUAAGGCGGGGUGAUUUGAAUUUUUAUUAUUAUUUUUGUUUUACAAAUUGAACUUGCAUGAUUCCCACCGCUCUUCCGCUGCCCCUCUCUGGAACAAUUUCCUCACACUGAAGGCAGCUCGAAGGAGAAAAGUCCUACGCGAUCCAUACCUCUGACACGUUGAUCUUCCAAAAACGAAAAACAAAACAAAAGGCCAGGACUUCUUUCAGGUUUGCAGCGCUUCGCGUUGAAUCUACAGUCCGAGUUACUUGCGCAUCAUCGGAUAGCCUGCUAGGGCUUGACAGCUCUAGCAGCGCCGGUACACAACCGUGACGCUGGCGGAUCCGUAUCGGGAUUAUCAGAUUGAUUACUCGGCACAAGAACAGUCGAAAGCUCAGGAACAACAAAGUCAGCUGGUUUACCAAGCAAAUCAACAGUCUACGCAGACGCUUCAUCAUGCGGCGAGGCCUGAUGUUGCCUUCCUCCCAGGUGGUCAGCAUCAUCAUCAAUCUUUCCAACAACAACAGCCAUCACAUCACCACCACCAGCAGGCAUCGCCGCCGCCGUCGCAGCAACAGCAACAGCAGCAACAGCAGCAACAACAGCAGCAGCAGCAGCAACAGCACGGGCAGCACGGGCAGCCAGGCGCUAUUGCGUUGUCCUCUGCAGGAUCCCAUAACGCCGUGCGCGACAUCCAACCAUCUGUUUUACUCCCCGCGCAGAUGGUAGCACCCCAGCUUCCACCUCACUUUAACACCGGGCCGCUCCACUUACCAUCGUAUGCGAGUAAGCGACACGGAACGAAAAGAGCGCGCAUCGAUGACGGUCCUGGGGAACCAAGCGAUGAUCAUACAGCAGGACUCAGUCUUUCAAUGCUCUCGGAGACAUCGCACGGGGAUGAGCGGCAGUCCACCGAUAUGCUCUUGUCUGCGCAAUCAGAUCCCACAUCACGCCACCAGCCUCCCUCUCAACACGAAUACCAGCCGACUUCCUCCCUGCACCAUCAACACCACCAUCAUCAUCGAUUGCCUUCGCAAGCCACUCUUGUGGGGGCCCAACGCUCCGAUGCAGAAUUGACAUCACCUGGGGGAGUGUCUGGGCCUCCAAGUGUGGUUGGCCAACCAGGGAUGCCAGAUCCCGCACCACGACCACGAGGACCCAAACUAAAAUUUACCCCAGAGGAAGAUGCCUUGCUGGUAGAGCUGAAGGAAAAUAAGAACCUAACGUGGAAGCAAAUUGCUGAUUUCUUCCCUGGUCGGACCAGCGGCACAUUGCAAGUUCGCUAUUGCACCAAAUUGAAAGCCAAGGCAACGGUCUGGACAGAUGAGAUGGUGCAACGGUUGCGUAACGCGAUCCACGAGUACGAAAAUGAUCGCUGGCGUGUGAUCGCGAAUAAGGUUGGAAGUGGGUUCUCUCCUGUAGCCUGUCGAGACAAAGCCGCAGAAUUAUAGACAGGCUGUCGCAGAAAAUCAUUGCAGAAAUCUCUUGCUUUUGGGCCCACUCAAGAGAAGUUUCUAGGAUGCGGUUAGGGCUUUCUUCCCGUGGAUAUGUGCGACUAGGAUGUGUACGUCUGUUCUGUCGGAGUAGUUACAUUGUUCCCUGUUUGUACCCUCGGCCUUAUGGUUACAGCGUUCGCAAAGAAAUCCUAUCUGGUCUUCCAAAUAACUUCGAUUUAUGUUGUCAACCUCCUUCCUCCUACAACCCUUAAACCGAGACGAAAGAAUAUGGAAACGACGAUGGGUUUAAGGCUGAUCCGAUACAUCCUCGAGGGCGUACGAGAACAUUAUCUUGAAAAAGAAAGAAUAAAGAGCAAAAUAUAAAAUUCAAGACUGACAUGUUGGCGGGUGCUGGAGAUCCGAAACAGCAUUAUAGCAGCGACUCCAAGUCACACGGAUCACAAAUUACUUUACGUAGCGUCGCGAAUCGCCCUCUCACCGCGAACAGGCUGUAUCCGUUAUGCUCAGCCUCCGAAAGUCUGUGACUAUCCUACGGCUAGUCUACUUGUCUUAUCUGCCUUGUUUCCUUGUUUCGACUAAUGAUACAUGUUGAAUGAAUGGGAUUGGUUAACGUUUGGCAUUGCGCAACAAUGAUACCCAGGUUUACUUUUCUUAUCCUGUUUUUCUCCGGUGGGUUGGGAUAGAGUUUGUUUACUUCUAUUUCUUUUGUUUUGUUUUGUUUGCGAUUUUCCUCUACUCAUCACACUCGUUGAUAAUUAUUAUUUCCUAACAGUGUCUGUUUUCUUCUCCUGUCGUUUCCAUUUUCUUUAAUAAUAUUUUUCUUUACUUCUAUGUCGGAUUUUUGGGGGGGGGGGGGGGGGGCCUGGUUCUGGGAGGUCACGUUAAACCGCCACGAAGAUAAUCAGUAAUGGGGGGUUCCUUUAUACGAUAUUUUGAUACCCGAUUUCGAAACAUUCCUUAUUACUUUUGGUCGGUCUUCAUGUUUCUGCAGUGUGGAUGUUUUGUGACAACACUGGCAAGCAUAUUUCUGUACUCACAUUUCUUUUGUUCUUCAAGCAUGAAUAUAGAGCAGGAUUGUAUAGGACCUUGGUAUGAGCUGUUUUUAAUGAACGUCCAAGGUCUUUGUUGUGUAUUGCAUUUCGUUGAGAACCCUUUCUCCUCGUGCGCUAUCGUGGCUUGUCCUUUUGUUUGGCACGGACAGGGUGUUGAGUAUCCACAAGGAUACCGGCAGAGUGUCUAUUAGAGAGGACGAGGCUACUCCGAGGCUGACAAUGGGGAAGGUUAACACAGGGCAUAACUGUCAACCCAGAACGGCCUUUUCCCCGGUUGUCCGACCUGUGUGUGUGUCUUUGUGUAGUUUUUAGUCCCCUGUUCACUUCUGUAGCCCCAGUAGUCUACUGUGCUCCCCGGAGUCUCACACCGUUUCUUUAUGCAUAGAGAAAGGCGGAUUUGGCCGUUUGUUGCGACAUCGCAAGGUGAGCCACGUUAGCAAGUCCUGCGACAAAGGUUACACGCAGGCAGGCCAACAGAGAAAGAGAAACCAAGGGUUACCGCUCUAGAGCGGAGGAGAAGGAGGACCUUUAUUCCAAUUUCAUUCUAUAGCAAAUGCCGGUAGGGUAGGCUCAUACACCGACUUCUGGUUCCUUGGAGGGGGGGUUGUUGCUAUCAAUCUCAGGCAUGGAGGUGCUUUACAAGAAUGGAAUGAAGAGCUAACCCUAACUCUACCCAACACGGCAAGAACCAAAUUGACCAAUUAGGGCAG